AUUAACACCGACACUAGUCAUCUUUAGAGAGAAUUAUAGAAGGAUAAAACAUACCAAGUGCAAUUAAGAUGACAAACAUUUCGUUAACGAUCAAAGCUGCGAAUGACCAAAAGUACACUGUUACUGUUGACAGUGAAUCUACCGUCAAAAAUUUGAAGCAGAUUAUUGCCCCUGUUGCAAAUGUUGAGGUUGAACGCCAAAGACUAAUCUACGCUGGACGAGUUUUGAAAGAUGAAGAAUAUCUAAACACUUAUAAAAUUCAAGAUGGUCAAAGUGUCCACUUGGUUCGUUCUUUAGGGCAAAAUCCUACGGCGGCUGCCAGUAACGUUCAAGAUCGCACACAACAAGUGCCAACUAAUAUUCAGGCAGGACAGGGCGCAAACGAUCCAUUAGCUAAUCUCACAAGUGCCCGCUAUGCUGGAUACAAUAUACCCCUCCCUUCUGCUUCUAUGUUUGGUCCUAAUCCUGAAAACCCUGUACCUCCAUCCACUGAUGACCUCGCCAACAUGUUGUCGAACCCAAUGGUUCAGUCAUCCAUUAACGAAAUGUUUUCCAAUCCCCAGAUGCUGGACAUGAUCAUUAACAGUAGUCCUCAUCUCCGUAAUGCUCCUCCUUAUGUACGUCAAAUGAUGCAGUCGCCUGAGUUCCGACGUGCCAUGACUGAUCCUGAUACGAUGCGUCAAAUGGCUCAAAUGCAACAACAACUUGGUGCUGCUGGUAUUGACCCAUCGGCAUUAAUGGGCGAGUCUGGUGGUUUAGGCGGUUUAGGCGGAUUAGGUGGUUUAGGCGGCCUGGGUGGUUUAAACCCUAAUGCAGCCGGUCCUGGAGCCGCUGACAGAUCUGUUGAUCCAAACUCUGCUGCCAGCACGAUCCAAGGCUUACUCAAUAACCUUUCUGGAAGCGGUAUGGGAGGCGGAGUCAGUCCUGCUGCCACAGCAGUUCCAACUCAGAGCAGUCAACCUCCUGAAGAGCUAUAUGCUCACCAAUUGAGUCAACUUAAUGAAAUGGGAUUCGUUGACUUUGAGCAAAAUGUUCGCGCCCUCCGCCGAAGUGGUGGUAACGUUCAAGGUGCAAUUGAAUCUUUAUUAAGUGAAUUUUAAUGUGUUGCUCCGAAAUAUUUGGAAGCGUUACUAGAAAAAUGAUUUGAAUGUUGUCCAUGAUUCGUUUAUAUUUACUUGUUUUGUUUUCGUCCAUCGUACGUUUAUGUAAAAUGUUCAUUUAGGUGCAUGAAUUUUCUGGUUAGUUACCUUUUGCUUCCGCGUAGUUUUACGCAUGAUGCUGUUCGCAUUGAAAGCUUACUUUCGUAUGUAUAUAUUAGCUCAGUAUGCGAGGUGAACAAUUGACCCUCUUUUCCGUGUCCUAUAGAAAU